AUGAAGGGAUCACCACUGAGUAGUUAUAGUUUUAUACAGUUUAUAUGUUUAACAAAGGCGGCUGACGUUGUAGUUAUGUGGGAUAAUCCAAUGAUUUCAAAUAUUACGAUCUACGUGGGUGAUACAGUUCAUUGGGUAACAUCAGACAAUCAACCACAUACAGUCACCUCAUAUCAAGUAGAGCCAACCGUCGGCACACCAGCACCUUUUAUCAAUUCACCAUUGAUCACAAGCGAUGAAAAUGGAAUCAGUCAAUUUUCAAAGCGUAAAUUCUCAAAGAUGUUCACACAAGAGGGUUUACACUACUACCAUGAUCAACAUAACCCUGACUCGAUGCAAGGCACCGUUCAUGUAAUCAAACAAUCAAGAGAAUCAGGUAUUGAAAAUUCAAGUUCAAAAGAAACAAUUGAAAGCUUUUUAUUUGCCAGUUUACUCGCUUUUCUUAUCUUUUUCGUAUUCUCAUAG